ACAGCCAGAGGUGAGCCGGGAAAAUGUGGUCCCCUCCCCCUCAUCCAUCUCCAUCUAGAGCUCUUCAGCCAGCCCAGGGGGCAGGGGCCGCCUCCUUAAUUCAGAUUUACGACCGGGGCCGACCUGGGCCUGGAGCUCAGGGCACUGGCUUCUCCCCGGAAGGUGCUGGGUUGCCAAGCCCCCUGGGGACCAUGCCCACCCUCCCAGUUUGUCCUGCGGGCAGGAGUGCGUCUGUGUCUGGGUGGAGAAUGGGGUUUCGUGCAGCAGCUGGUGGGGGUGUCCAGGGGAGCCUGGCUGGUUGGCACCAUGCUGCAGCCCUUGGGGGACUUAGAUGCAAUGAUUGCCUACGUGAGAACCAGCAUACUUAGUAAGGCAGGGUUUCUGCCGUGACUCACGGUGGUGACCUUUGCCCUGUUGGCUCCUGUUUCUGGUGGGGCUCCCACGCCGGCUGGACUCCUCCUAGUGAUGUAUAUCUAUCCCCUGCAGGGGAGCACAGCACAUUACCGGGCUCGUGUUUUUCGCAAGAGGACAUCCGUAUUAGUCACAUCUAUUUGGGCUUUUUAAGAUAAUUGCCAGUAGCUUAAAAUAGGAAAGCCAUAAUCAUAAUAGUGAUCCGUUUAUAAACAGCCCCUCUGCGGAUGGUUGCAAACUGUUGGCCUCGAUCAGAAAACCCAAAUGACAGAGGGCUGUCACUUCUGUGGAAGGCUUCAGCACCCCUCCUUUCUUAGGGUUGAAAAUGAAACUCGCCGGCUCCGAGUUCGGAGAGGUGUUGAUCCGACCGACCGUUGGCCGCUCCUGGCCCGCUGUCUGCCUGUACGCACAGCCCACCGGCGCUAGGGCUACAAUCGCAGCUCCGUGUUGACGUUUUGACUGGUCGGUCAGGCGUUUUAAAGCCACCGCUCAUCGUUGGCUGCUGAGGAUGUUUAGGGAGUCGCCGGCCCCAAGCAAGGGCACUUCUGCUGGCCCAACGCCCCCAGUAAGCGAGGAGAAAACGCACCACCUUUUUAAUAAUGUGCCCGGCCUCCAAAUGUGCAACUCCAAUAUUAAUAAAAAUAACCCAGCUUCCUCAGAGACCUCGCUAAUGCAGCCUCAUUUUUUUGUACAUUUUGCCGGAGAGCUUUUGUUCUUCUACAUCUCUGUCCCCCCUUCUUCUCUUUUUAAUUUGUUGCAGGUGUUGUUGCUAAUGAGCUCUCCUUCCCUCCUCCCAUGAAAGACCAGCCAGACCCUGCGUGCCCGCUUGGAUGGAGCUGAAGUCCCAGAAACUUCAUCCUAAGUUGCCAAUGGCUACCAGCCAAGCAGUCUGAGAAACGCUGGCUCCGAGGUUUCUUCCCGGCCUUUGGGGAAAAGCAAGUUCCUCGCUGCUCCCGGGCAGCGACGUUCCCCGGGACCUCCGCCUCUACCGCCUGGCAGAUGCGGCCUGUCCAUGCUGAGGCCUCGAGCCCCGCCUGACCCAGCCGCAGCCUCUCCAGGGCCCCUCUGGGCCGCGCCCCCCGGACUGCACAGCCAUGCUGGGCCUGCUGGCUCUCCUCCUGCACUGCCUCCCGCUGGCCGCCGGGGACUAUGACAUCUGCAAAUCCUGGGUGACCUCGGAUGAGGGCCCCACCUGGGAGUUCUACGCCUGCCAGCCCAAGGUGAUGCGCCUGAAGGACUAUGUCAAGGUGAAGGUGGAGCCCAAGGGCAUCACGUGCGGAGACCCCCCUGAGAGAUUCUGCUCCCACGUGAACCCCUACCUGUGCAGCAACGAGUGUGACGCCUCGAACCCGGACCUGGCCCACCCGCCGCGGCUCAUGUUGGACCGGGAGGACGAGGGGCUGGCCACGUACUGGCAGAGCGUCACGUGGAGCCGCUACCCCAGCCCGCUGGAGGCCAACAUCACGCUGUCCUGGAACAAGAGCGUGGAGCUGACGGACGACGUGGUGGUGACCUUCGAGUACGGCCGGCCCACCGUCAUGGUCCUGGAGAAGUCCCUGGACAACGGGCGCUCCUGGCAGCCCUGGCAGUUCUACGCGGAGGACUGCGUGGAGGCCUUCGGCAUGCCCGCCCGCCGGGCCCGCGACCUGGCCGCCUCGGCCGCGCACCGCGUGCUGUGCACCGAGGAGUACUCGCGCUGGGCCGGCGCCCAGAAGGAGAAGCACGUGCGCUUCGAGGUGCGGGACCGGACCGUUUGCCAGUCCUGGCUCAGAGGCCUCUUGGUAACGCGUCGACAGCCCCAGGUGUUGGUGAAGCUGCGUUUGAAUUCAGAUUCUUUCAUUUGCCAUUUUACGGCCCUGAGCAAGGCCCGUGGGUCCCAGCCUCAGUCUCCCCACCUGCGAGUGGCCGACCUCAGCGGGGACUCGCAGGGCAGCCUGCAGUGCGAGUGCGAGCACAACACCACGGGCCCCGACUGCGGCAAGUGCCGCAAGAACUUCCGCACGCGGUCCUGGCGGGCCGGCUCCUACCUGCCGCUGCCCCACGGCUCUCCCAACGCGUCUGCGGGCACCUUCACUGCUGCCCCCGCCCCCGCCAAGGCCUCCAAGCCUUCCCAGCUCAGGCCCAAAUCUGCUCAGGUGGUGCCUGUGGGAGAAUUCCAAGACUGUGAGUGCUACGGCCACUCCAACCGCUGCAGCUACAUCGACUUCCUCAACGUGGUCACCUGCGUCAGCUGCAAACACAACACGCGGGGCCAGCACUGCCAGCACUGCCGCCUGGGCUUCUACCGCAACGGCUCCGCCGAGCUGGACGACGAGAACGUGUGCAUCGCACCCGUCCCCCAGCACCUGUCUGCCUGA